GUUGCCACAGUUUUGAUGAAAGCGUGGUUUAUUUUUGAGUCUGACCUUCUCUCCAGAUGACACGGUGUCGGCCAGCAGCAACAUGGACAUGGAGGACAGAGUGUCCCACCUGGAGCAGAGGCUGCAGCUGCAGGAGGACGAGAUCCAGCUGCUGAAGGCGGCUCUGGCCGACGCGCUGCGUCGCCUCGGUUACUGCGAGGAGCAGAGCCAGGGGCCACAUGCAGGGGGCGCUCACGCUGGCAGGAGGCCGCUUGCUGCUGCCGCUUCAGCGCCGCCUACCAAGGUGCGUCAGCUCCUGCAGGCUCUUCCCUCCAGGCCUCUGAGUAACGGCUACGUUCAGCAGAAACGCCUCCUCUCCUCGCCGUCGUCGCCAAAGAAAGAGGUGCUGCAGUCCAUCAAGAGGUAGGAUGGGGGAGGAAACUUUAACUAGG